CUGAAAGCCAUUUUCCCUCUGGCAUUAAAAUGGAGUCGCCAUAUCCAGACAGACAACUUCCGGAGAGGAGGUUCAGAACUGGAGGUCACAGGUCAAAGCUGGUCAUGACAAAACAGCGAGGCGUUUACUCAGAUGACAUUAUAACUAUUUCACGAUUCAAGAUGCUUUCAGAGCAACGGCAAGUCCAGCAGAGGCCACAAAGCGAACCCAGCAUCCAUUACAAAGAGUUUCCAACCCAGGACGCUCCUCCAGUCAAGUUUGAGUUUGACUAUUGCAAGUUGACCAACUUCUUCAGUAGUGAUGGAGACAAACCAAAGUGUCGGGUGCCUUUCGAAACAGGGCUGGGUCAGACACCUCGCAAGCUCGCCAUUGAAAGACUUCGACGAGAGUACAUGAGGAUUGACUUUGAGGAGCUCCUGGGAGAGAAAGGCAUAGACUCCGCUCACAUGAUGUCUGGUUAUAGCGAAGACUGGGAAGCGAGUCCGACUGAGCAGGUCUUGCUAAACCUUCCCAUCGAGAUAUUUGACAACGAGGAUUUUGACUGUCGCACGCCUGAUGACUGGCUGAGCCUCGGUUGCGCCGAUGGAGCUCACGGUCGAAAACCUAUUCCCGCCAAAGCCUUGCUUCCUGGAGAAGAAGGCAUUUAUGCCCACAGCUGGCAGCUGGUUGGAGUUGCUGACUACUGUACAAAGCGUCAUCAGUACAUGGUUCAGAGGGUGCUGGUCAAGAGGAGCCUCGACGAGGCGGAGGUUGAUCCCAGUCUAUAUGAAGAACACAAAAAGAGUAAUACCUGGGGAGUGGACAUCCUGGUAGAAAAACAACAGUACUGGGUUCCCCGUAUCAAAGUGUUCUUCGUUGCCGAGGAUCCGCGUGUCUUUGUGCAGCGACUCCAGUUUGCCCUGCUCCUUAAAAAGUACACCGAGGCCAACAUCCAGUACCAUAAGAGUGUCGACCGCUUGCCCGUCAGCAACGCCACGCCGUCCAUUGAAAAUGAAAGCCUGCGGCGGAUCGCUCGAAUCGCCCUGUCAGCGCCUAACCUCAGACCCCAACUGGUGAAGAAGUUCAUAGGAGAUCUGGAGAAAAGGGUCAAGCAGGAAUAUGACCGCACAAUGAACAUCUUAAUCUAUGAGGAAGAGCUGAAGAGCGCUCUGGAGCAGCUGCCACAGGAAGAGCUUUUGCCCAUCAGGAAAAAAGAAUGUGCCUGCGUUCCUGACUACAAGUUCCUCAGCAUCAAAAGGGCUUUCGCCUCAAAGUACCUGCUGUCCAACACACAAGUGAUCCGCGCUUUAUCGGAGGUGGAAAUAGAGUGCCGAAAGGUUGCAUCCCUGAGACUGUUCAACGUUUUGAGCGAGACACAGAGCCUCAAACAAUGA